CCGGACCCCACCGCCGCGGGGUCGGGGUGUGUGUUCCGAGUGCGGUGGCGGAACGGCUGGGCGAAGUUGUGCCUUGUAAAACGGACCGUUGUCCGCUCCCCUGGGGCGCAGGGGCCCGGGCUCGUGGGGUGCUCUCGCGCCCCCGGAGCCGGGGCUGAGCUCCCGCAGGGCUGUGAGGCGAGGGGCGGGGAGGAGGAGGCUGAGACCUGAGGGAGGAGACAGCGAUGCGAGAGGGAAUCGGACCGUCCCGCCGGCCACCGAAGGGGGCAUCAGAGACCCUCGGAAAAGCGAAGCCCAGGGAGGAGCUUGGAAGGCGAGGAGAAGGGAUUCCUGGUCACCUCCAUUGCCCUUUUCUUCCUGGAUGAAACAAGAAGAAAAGCAGGGUGUCUGUGCACACCAGGACUCAGAAGACAAAGGGAUGGGUUCCGAUUUUGAAGACUCUGAGGACAUGGAAGGGGACCCAGAAGAGAGAGAAAUGGGCUAUAAUCCACAGGACACACACACGAGAGAAGGCCACCUGGAGCUGGAGACGGCCCCCGACCCACAGGACGCAAGGCACGGGGAAGCAGGGCAUGACACCUGCACAGGGGGGCAGCUGAGUGAGGAGGAAAGCUUUUCUAUCCGUGGGGAAGAGGAUGACCAACCUGGUGUAGCCGACAUGGCGAUGUUCCCAGGACUGUGUGAGUCUGACAGCAUAUCCCAGAGCCUCCGGGAGGACGACGACGAGAGUGCUGGGGAGAACCGGCUGGAGGAGGAAGAGGAGCAGCCGCCCCCUCCCAUACUUCCCUGGAGGCGGCACCUCUCCCUGGGGAGUCGGCACCGAGGUGACAAGCCCGCCCACCGACGCUUCCACCGGCUUCACCACCCCAUGGCCAUGGACCUCGGGGAGCUGGACAGCCUGGUGGCCAGCAUCAUGGACGCGCCCACCAUCUGCCCCGACUGCGGGGAGAGCUUCAGCCCCGGCGCCCCCUUCCUGCAGCACCAGCGCAUUCACCGCCUGGCGGAGGCCGCAGCCGCCGCCAGCCUGGAGCCCUUCGGCCUGGCGGGCGAGUGCGGCGCGAUGGUGGGCAUGAUGGGCGUGGGGGUGGCGGGGGGCUUCGGGGCCGGGCCCGCGCUGGCCCGGCCCCCGCGCGAAAAGCCCUUCCGCUGCGGGGAGUGUGGCAAGGGCUUCAGCCGCAACACCUACCUGACCAACCACCUGCGGCUGCACACGGGCGAGCGGCCCAACCUGUGCGCCGACUGCGGCAAGAGCUUCAGCUGGCGCGCAGACCUGCUCAAGCACCGGCGCCUGCACACGGGCGAGAAGCCCUACCCGUGCCCGGAGUGCGGCGAGGCCUUCAGCCUCAGCUCGCACCUGCUCAGCCACCGGCGCGCGCACGCGGCAGCCAGCGGGGCGGGGGCGGCGGCGCUGCGGCCCUUCGCCUGCGGGGAGUGCGGCAAGGGCUUCGUGCGCCGCUCGCACCUGGCCAACCACCAGCGCAUCCACACGGGCGAGAAGCCGCACGGCUGCGGCGAGUGCGGCAAGCGCUUCAGCUGGCGCUCGGACCUGGUGAAGCACCAGCGCGUGCACACGGGCGAGAAGCCCUACAUGUGCUCGGAGUGCGGCGAGGCCUUCAGCGUCAGCUCGCACCUGUUCACGCACAAGCGCACGCACUCGGGCGAGCGGCCCUACGUGUGCCGCGAGUGUGGCAAGGGCUUCGGGCGCAACUCGCACCUGGUGAACCACCUGCGCGUGCACACCGGCGAGAAGCCCUUCCGCUGCGGCCAGUGCGACAAGCGCUUCAGCGACUUCUCCACGCUCACGCAGCACCAGCGCACGCACACGGGCGAGAAGCCCUACACGUGCAUCGAGUGCGGCAAGAGCUUCAUCCAGAGCUCGCACCUGAUCCGGCACCGCCGCAUCCACACGGGCAACAAGCCGCACAAGUGCACGGGCUGCGGCAAAGGCUUCCGCUACAAGACGCACCUGGCGCAGCACCAGAAGCUGCACCUGUGCUAGGGGCGGGGUCCGAGGGAGGCUGCCCGGUGGGGAGCCCGUGGGGGCGCAUGUCCUGGGACUGACCCAGGGGAAGGAAGUGGGGAAGGGGCGGGAGGGACAAUCUGAGAGUGACUGGGGAGCCUUUUGGUGUUUGGGGUUUCCCAAAGUGGGGGGAGGGUUGAGUAACAGUUCUUUCCCGGUGCUAUACCUGCCUCUCAUGGAAGAAAUGUUCAGGAGAUGCGCUGGGGGUGAUGACGUCCUUAAAUACACGCUGUAGGGGGCGAAGAGCUUGGAGGACCAGGAGGCGCUUUGAGGACCUUCAGGAAGAGCAGUUCCUGGGCUGGGGUGGGAACAGGAUGACAGGCAAUAGACUAGGACAGGCUGCGAUGGCCUGUGGGAGUCUGCGGGGAGAGGGUUUAAAUAAGGACUAUAGGGCAAAAUCUCCCACCAAGUGGUAAGCCAGAGUUUGCCCGAUCCCCACAAGUCAUCCGCUGUUGUCUCAAAAAGGAGGGGAGCCUUGUCAGUCACAUAGGAAGGGAUAUGUAAUGUACUUUUCCUUUCUCUGAGCCACAGUUAGCUGCUAUUUUGAGGCAUCCAGGGCAAAGUGGGCCGAAAAAUGCCACACUCUCAUUUCAAGGGGCCACGUCUGGGGUUUAGAAAUUCAUUUGUAACUGGUUCUCAGAUGUGGGAAAUCCUGAUUCUGCUCCGGGUUCUUUGCUACUUCCUUGAAAAUACUCUAGCUUUAUGCUGGGUCAAGGUUGUUUACCUGGAUGACCCUUCUCCCCCACCCCCCUUCAUCCCAGGUGUGUGCCACACCUAAUAUUUUUUUCAGGUCGCAACUAUGAUCUUUUAAGUGCAGGGAAAAGGAAAAAUCCCAGCUAUGUGUGACUUUCCUUUUAAGACCUCACCUUGAUGUGGGCGUUUCAAGUGAACUUUAGAUCAUCAACUCCGUUGCCCAGUGGCCUGCUAAAAAGUCAGCUAGCUCAGAGUUUUGCUGGCCUUUACGUGAGAAAUCUAGGAAAGUAAAGUGUUCACAGUGUUGGGAUGUGAGACUCCUGGGUGUCUCGCCUUCACUUUGCACUUGUUAGUGGCCUCCGCUAACGCCCACCGCCAUGCAUAUUGAUGAGGGACCUAAUCUAAGUGCGAAUGUCUUUUUCCUGCAUGUGGAGGCCCAGUAGAAAUCUCAACACUUUACACAGGAGAGCCCAGUCAGGGAGAGGUGUAAAUGCAAAAUUGCCAAAUAGCACAAGCAAUGAAUGUUUUCUGGUUGUUAAUAGAUGCCAAAAUAGCUCUUUGAUAUCUGCAAAGUGCUUUAUGAUUUUUAAUAAUUGUUAGUUGUUUCUCACAUCACUGUGAGUUAGAUCAGUGUUACCACCCCUGUCUUAGGGAAGGCCUGGGAACUGGAGUGUGCAGGUUGUCUUGAAGGGAGGCUGCGGACAGUGUGCAUGCAUCAUUGUAGCCUGACCUUUUGCAUUCUUCAGCUCAGCUGCUAGGAAGACUUACCUGUCAUGAUUUAUAUAAUAAAAUAAGGACACUGAAAAUUCUUACGCUUGAUGAAAAACUUAAGGCUAGCCUAGAAGGGCCAAACAUGUCCUUACUGACAAAGCUGGUCUUUGUCGGCUAGUUAGGGUACCCUAGCUAUGUUCCAUUUUUGGUAGGGGCUGUAGUUAGAUGACUCGUAUAGAUUUCAGUUACUUAUACUGAAGAUCCCUGCCCUAGGUGAGCCUUUAGAAGUUAGAGUUGUGGAAAGCAGUAUUGUUUUCUUCACUAGUGAUUGUUACCCUGCACAUUUCAUGGAAGCAUCUUCACAAACUACUGGACACAGUUGAAGUGGGGCGAGAGAAGCUAUGAGAUGGUUUUUACAGGUUUAGCAAAGUUUCUGUGGAUGCUUGUAAUUGAUACUUGAUCAGUUGUAUUCUAGUAAAGAACCUCUUUGGGGACUAUAGGAAAGCAUGUUUUUGUGGUUUAAAAACACUUAAAAAUAUUGAUAAUUCUGGGCUUGUAUAAUAAAUGCAACAAAUCUUGCCCUCUUAAUUUAUUGUCAUUCACAAAUGCAAAUAGAAUUUCAAACUUAUAGACAGUUUUGAAAGACACUAAUUCUCGUUUUCUUUUAGUCAGGAGUCAUGUAAGCAAAGCAGGUGUCUGUUUUGAAUUCUGACAUGUAAUCUGAAUACUAAGCAUAUUAGACCCACCUGAACAUGGUAGAGCCAAUUUGUAGGUAAUCUUAUUGCUUGUGGGUGUUUUCCCCGUAUAUCUACCUCUUCCAGCUGUUUUAAGUUCUCUCGAGUCUGUGCCUAUGAAAUCUCAUCCAACUUUUGAUUAUUCACGGUUGAUUAUUCUCUUUCUUUUUUCUUUUCUUGUUUUUUUUUGCUACCAUUUUUAUGCCCCGUCUUGUCUGCAUCAAAUAUACUACAUAUCAGCAACUUUAGAGAACGGGUUCAGCGGGGCGUGGAGAGUGAAGCUAAUGUGAAAUAGGUUAGUGGCAGUGGGAAGCUCUGGACUUCGUUUGCCUCUAUGGAUAAGAGAGUCAGCCUCUACGUCGACAUCCCUUCUAUGAGCAAAUUCUUAGCAGAAGAAAACAAUUCAACUACCAACACCCGACUCUACUGGUGCAUUUAAAAUGUGAUUCCAUUUUUUCUUACAAUUCUUCAGGGAACUUAUCUGCAUUAAGUGAGGUUAAAUGCAUUCAGGAGGUUGUUUCUUCCAUCUAGUUUUAGAAUAAUAAUAUUUCUUCAGCAAACCCUGUUUACUGCGGGUUCUCCCUUGGAAACGCUAAAGGACUCUUUCCACCAACCCGUUAACAAUGGUGGAAGCGCGUGUAUUAUUCGUUUCCUGGAGAGUUUGGUCAAGAGAAAGCUUCCGCCGCUGCCCUUUGCUAAGCAAAACCUGGAGCAGUUUAAAUAGGCGAAAUGGUUUUGAUGAAAUCUUGAGCUCUGAGUUGGAAGGAGAAAAUGAGAAGUCAAGCCCUUGAGCCGUGUGGUCUCCUUACAAUCAAGAGACUGUACAUAUGUGAAAAUAUACAAAUUAAGGACCUGUGUUCAUAGACAAUCUAAACUGUGUUUCUGAAGUUUGUGCACAUUUUUCUUCACUGUAAUGUUAUUUUACGGCUGUUUGUUAAAAUAGUGAAUAAGUUAAUGACCCUAAAAGUCACAGGUGUCGCGUGUGUGUGCUUGUGUACGUAAGAAUUACCUUAUUUUCAGGUUGUUUUAUUUAAUGAUGGUUCCGUGGGCAGCAUUCUGCUGUUGAGGACCCACUAUGGAAUAUUUGUCAUUAAAUCCGUAUCAGUCUUU